AUGUCGACAACGAUGCCCGCGCGCGGCCCCCUUGAGCUCCAUAAGAAAACAGUUGAAGAGGUCUCCAGGAGUGUGCGUCAAUACUUUGAGAAGGGCGAGAAGUUCCGUAUAUACCAUGGCUCAACGAACAGCACACGGCAAUCCACCCUCAAGCGCAAUCUGGUUGAUACUAGCGCUUUGUCAAAUGUGUUAAAGGUCGAUGUGAAAUCGAAGACAUGUCUAGUGGAGCCCAAUGUCCCUAUGGACCGGUUGGUGGAGGCGACAUUGCAACAUGGGCUUGUGCCGCCUGUAGUUAUGGAAUUUCCGGGAAUCACAGUAGGGGGCGGAUAUUCAGGGACAUCUGGGGAAAGCAGCUCUUUUAAACACGGCUUUUUUGAUCGAACAAUCAACUAUGUUGAGAUGGUAACCGCGGACGGUACUGUUACAACUUUGUCCCCUACGGAGAAGCCGGAUUUGUUUCGAGGUGCAGCUGGUGCCGUGGGAACUUUUGGAGUUACAACUUUAGUUGAACUGCAACUUCAUGAGGCUAAGAAGUACGUCGAGACCACAUAUCACCCUGUGUCGAGCAUGGCAAUGGCCAUACAAAAGCUUAAGGAGGCGACUGCUGAUUCUGGCCUGGACUAUGUUGACGGGAUUAUGUUUUCCCAGACAAAUGGGGCAGUUAUUACGGGGCGACUUACAGAUGAUCGCAAAGAAGACCUCCCGGUGCAACGGUUCAGCGGUGCUUGGGAUCCCUGGUUCUAUAUGCACGUUGAGAACCAGAUCACCAACUGCACAGAACCCACUGUGGAAGCCAUUCCUCUAGCUGAGUAUCUCUUCCGGUACGAUCGCGGAGGUUUUUGGGUGGGUGCAUCCGCGUUCCAGUACUUCAAGGUACCCUUCAAUCGAUUCACCCGCUGGUUCCUCGACGAUUUCCUCCACACGAGAAUGAUGUACACGGCCCUUCACGCCAGCGGCCAAUCCAAAAAAUACGUUGUUCAGGACCUCGCCCUCCCGUACCCUACAGCCACACAAUUCGUUGAAUAUACAGACAAAAAUUUCGGUAUAUACCCCCUGUGGCUCUGCCCAUUGAGACAGAGUCCUCAGCCAACUAUGCAUCCCCACUACAAUGAAACUACGCCAAACGGUAACGAAUUAGAACCGAUGCUUAACAUUGGUCUUUGGGGCUUUGGACCUGAGAACCACGACGAGUUCGUCCAUAAGAACAGGGAUCUAGAGCGAAAACUAAAGGAGCUUGGUGGGAUGAAAUGGCUUUAUGCACAUACAUACUAUACCGAGGAUGAAUUUUGGGAGCAAUUUGAUCGAAAAUGGUACGAGCAGCUGCGGGAGAAAUAUAACGCAGCGUCACUGCCUACCGUGUAUGAGAAGGUGAAAGUAGAUAUUCAGGCAGAGAAGAAGGCUGAGAAAGGGGCAUUUUUCCGGACAACGUGGCCUUUUAGCGGGUUCUAUGGCAUCAAAAAAGCGAUUGAGAGCCGUUCGUAUGUCGAUGCUAGGAAGUCGUUGUGGAAAUCACUUGGAAAAUAG